AUGGUGGCUCAAGUAAUUAGUUCAUAUACUGGAUUAAGAAGAUUUAACAAUUGUGAUAACUCCAAGUUUUUGUCAAAUUUGUGUCCUCAUCCUAAUAUGCAUUAUUUAAUUCCAUCGUAUGGCAAAAUGACUUUAAUAAAUGAUUACGCUAGAACAGAAUUAUAGGAAAAAUAAUUUAUUCAAUAUCUAACUAAAAAGAAGUGUUAACUUUAUCAAUGUCCUAUUAAUCCUUAUCUAUAACUUCAGCAUUACUAUUUAGAUAAAAAUAAUUGAACCCUUUUUUUGGUUAAUAUGAUUUAACUCUAAACAAUUUAGAUCAUUGCUUUGGCUAAAGUUCAAAUAUUUUUUAAUGUGCAGCAUCUAAUUAUUAAGUAUUGCCUGAAUUUGCAUAGAUGAAACUAACUGGAUCCUAUUUUUCUAAUGAUGCCUCAAUUACUAGUAGAUUUAAAUAAUUAAGAGAGAGCUUUUAUAAAAUUCGCCAAAAAAGAGCUUUUCAUUCGUAGUAUCAAGGUGAAGGUCUGGAAGAUUCCGAGUUUGAUGAAGCACGUGUCGUAUUAUAACGCUUAGAAGAAGAUUAUAAUUCAGUAAGCUCAAUUUAUAAUUCAUAAAUUGAGAAUUCAAAUAAUUAUGAGUUAUGA